GAGGAAGUUGUUUCUUUUGAGAACCUAAUCUUCUAAAAUAUCGUGGUGUGUUUAAUUGAGAAAGUCAAUUGUGAAGCUGGCUGAAGAGUAGAAUUUUCUUGAUGAGGGAGGGUGGUGUCGUGAUAUUGAUGACGGUCUUCACGGCCUCUCGCGGACUGACAACUAUGGUACCAAGCAAUGUCAUCAUCUAUGGAGUCCUCGCCAUCUUCCAAGACACUCCAAUCGACCUCGAUAUCAAUGACACAUGGCCGUUUGUUGACAUUGUUGUUAGUACAUCGCCGUGUGCAAGUCAUAAGUCACUGAUCGACGUCACCAACACGGAUGCGGCUCUUGCCGUCCCCAGGGUACCCAGCGAUCUGGCAUUCAUUGGAGGACCAUGUGCGAUUCCAAGAUGCCAAGACAAACCAGAGAUCUGAAAGUAGAUCUGAGAAGGUUGGAAAGCUCGGGUGGGGUUAUGGUAGCAAUCGAUGAGAGGGAACAGAUGGAACGAAUAAAUAAUCGGGUUGGGGAGACUAAAACCGGGAUACGGC